GCGAAACGGUCGGCGCGCCCGGGCGCAUGGUCGAAACGGGUUGUCCCUAUUCUCUUAAUGAGUAAUGGGUGUUUUUGGGGGCGUAACGUGCAAUAAACCAAUCAGAGUCUCAUCUCCCAUUCCCUUUAAGAGCGAGUUGCGCUCGCGCCAUGGCGGAUUCGCUAUUUAAAUGGAGGAAUUUUAAGGCACACAGACUGAACGCCUCUCCAGAGAGCAAACGGAUCUGCUCAUGCGCGAGCAAAUAGAUUGCCCUGCACCAUGAAACUCACUGUAGUUCUGCUGCUCUGUGGCUGCUGUAUGCUCUUUCAACACAACUGUGAAGCCCAAGUUUCAUUUUCCUCAGUAGAAACAUCUCCAACACCCUCGGCCAAUAACUGCACGUGUGAACUCGGCCAUGGAAAGUGUGCUGAAAACGGUGACUGCAGGUGUGAUCCGGGAUGGGGUGGACCGCGGUGUGAAGACUGUGUGCGAAUGCCCGGAUGUGUCCAUGGCACCUGCCAUCAGCCCUGGCAGUGCACAUGCAUGGACGGGUGGGCGGGCCGAUUCUGUGAUAAAGAUAUUUACGUGUGCUUCAGAGAGCAGCCGUGUUGGAAUGGGGCUACUUGCGUCUUGAAUGACUCUGGGGAUUAUAGCUGCUUAUGUCCUGAAGGCUUUCAUGGGCGGGACUGUGAACUGAAAACAGGGCCUUGCCAAAAAACUAAGUCCCCCUGCAAGAAUGGCGGUCUCUGUGAGGAUCUGGGUGGUUACGCUCCAGAACUGUCUUGUCGAUGCCUGGCUGGCUUCACGGGGCCCCGCUGCGAGACUAACAUGGACGACUGCCUGAUGCGCCCCUGUGCCAACGGCGCCACCUGUUUGGAUGGCGUGAACCGUUUUUCCUGCCUGUGCCCUGCGGGUUUCACCGGCCGUUUCUGCACCAUCAACCUGGACGACUGCGUCAGCCAGCCCUGCCUCAACGGAGGACGCUGUAUAGACCGGGUCUCCACCUUCCAGUGCUUCUGCUCCCCAGGGUUCACUGGAAGAACUUGCGAGGUCCCCGUCUGGGAGUCAGGACCUCAAGCGGUGUCUCCGUUCAGGGGCGAAGGGGACAGAGUUACGCUGAGCAAACCUGCCCCAGUCAAUCGCUCCCACGGGACCACUCCUAGCGGGGAUGAAAGACGCUCGUUCAAAAUCUCAAUGGUGACUCAGCAUGGGGCGGAAGGGCUGUCAGAGCUGCAGCUCAUCAUCCUGCUGGUGCUGGGGGGCAUGACUUUGGCUGUGGUGGCGUUAACAGCUGGUCUGGUGCUGCACGGACAUUGCCAGGACCGAUUGGCUCGCUGUCAGUGCAGACCGGCCCCCGCUCACCAUCGCCCAUUCCACCGAUGCCGGACAAACUCUGUGCCCGCGCAACAGGAAUGCAAGAUCAGCUUCCUCCAGUCUCCGGCUCCAGCUGAGCUCGAGAAGAAGAGGCUGAACACCGACAUCGUUUAGCCACAGAGAUCAUGUAGCUGCUCUUGUUGAAGUAAAAGGCCUCUUCUGACCUCUCAAAAGAUAAAGACGGAACUCAUGAAUCUGAGAGUUGGUCGCUGGAAGCAGGUGGUCAUUAUCCAGAGCGAUUACACAGAAAUAAAGAACCAAUUAGUCGUUUUAUUUUAUUAAAGAUGCCACAAGUGAGGCAUGUACUGCUGAGGGAACAUUAGGUCAGAGUCAACAUGAACUCAAUAAUGCUCGUACCUGGUCUUGGAACUUUAUUCCAAAGAUAAGAAAUGCUUGUAUUUACUCUGCCUCUGAAAAACAUUUUGCUCUCACCAAGCAAUAUUUUUGAUGGAAACCCUGAACCGUGGAGUGUCUUAGUGCCCUCCCCUAAUUUUAUUAUUAUUAUUUUUUUUUUAAUAUGAAAUAACCUUUUUUUCCCUCAAUAAAGGCAACAUAUGAGAGAAAUGCUUGCUAGCUAACAGUAAACAUGCAAUCAAACAUGUACUAACAAUGAAAAAUUCUUCAAAAGCAUUUAUUAUUGUUCAUUUCAACAUUAGUAAUUUAAUUCAAAAGUGUCUGUUAAUAUUAUUUAAUAGGCCUAAGCUAACCUGAACUAUAUACUAACAACAGCUAAGAUUAAUAAAUAAUGUAAAAAUGUAUUGCUCAUUGAUAGUAACGUUUAGUAAAUACAUUAACUAUUGUUAACUAAUGGGGUCUUACUGUAAGGUUUUACGAAAAAAUUAACAAAAAUAAUUAAAUCAAGAGAAUUAUUUUAGAGGAAAUAGACUUGAGUUUCAGGGCUUUCCUAAUUUUCAUUUAGAGAGCACUUUUCAAUAUCCAGUCAGUUAAAAAUGGAUAAAUUUAAUCACACCUUACCCUUUUUCUCAUUUUAAUAUACUGUAUCACCUGGGAAUACAGUAUGUCACAUUAUGAAGGUAAGGUGGGUUGCAGAUGCUGUUUCAUAUUGACUUCAAGGUACACACAGCCUGGGAGUAAACAGUAGCACUAAUGGGCUGCAUGUAAAAUAAAGGGAAGCACUGAACCACCCAAAUAUAUCAAAACUUCCAUCGUGUGUUACAUUAGUACUGUAUGUAUAUAAUCAAGCCAUACUACUAAAAGUGCUUUUAAUUUCAGGUUUGUGUGUAGCCAUUUUCACCAAGUGUUCAAACUGUAAAAUAUUUAAAUGUAAGUGAGUGUAUGCCAAGUAAGUUUUAUUCUUUGAGUAUUUGCUUUAUUAUUAUUAUUUUUUUUUUAAAUGACAAUGUAAUGUUCCCUUUAACAUUGUAGUGAUGUUCUUUUAAGCAGUAUAGUAAUAUAAAUUUCAUGGGAACGAUUUUUGUGAUACAUUAACUACAGUAUUCUUAAGUGUAAAUAUAAUUUAUUUAUGUAAUUUAUUGGUGAAAUGUAUAUUUGUUUUUUUUAAUGUAAUAUGUAUUUUUAUACAGAUCUGUGUGUAUUAAAGUUUUUAACUGUGUAAUAGCUGCAAGGCCAUGUCUAAAUCACUAAACAAUGUCUUUCUUUGUAUUGCAGUUGCCAUGAUUAAAUUAACUUUUCUAUGCAACCCUUUUAGCCCUAAAUCUGACUAUCACAUAAUGCCUGACUGACACAAUUUUGAGCCGAACAAAACAUUUUUGCUUUGUAUUGUGACUUUAAUUAAGCUACUUUAUCUGAGCGCUUUAAAUGCUUUAG